AUGGCUGACUCUGGGCUGGAUAGCUCCAAGCUGCUAGAUAGCUCCAAGCUGCUAGAUGGCUUCAAACUGCUAGAUACUCCUAAUGAUAGUUCUACUCCUAAUGAUAGUUCUACUCCUAAUGAUAGUUCUACCACCUCUGAUAACCCUCUGGAUGCCCUUUGCCCUAUAGAUGGACGGUACGGGACAAAGGUUGACGGCAUACGGCAGACAGGGUUCACAGAGAGACAGCUCAUUCUCACGAAGCUUAGUGUGGAAUGCAGAUGGCUCAAACAUCUGAUCGCGAUAGUAAGGCCCGACGGUGAAGAGACAGUGAAAAGACUUGAUGAUGUGUGGCACAGUCUUGAUAGUAUAGAACUAGUCAAUAGAGUCAAGCAGAUUGAAUCUAUCACCAAUCAUGACACAAAAGCUGUUGAAUUGGCGAUACGAGAAUGUUUAUUGAAGGAUGCUGGUUUGAGCGAGAUCGCGGAACUUUGUCAUAUGGGUCUGACAUCCGAAGACGUGACUGGUGCAGCUUACGCCCUAAUGUUCUGUCGCGUUUGGUGUGGAGUUUUACGGCGGGAUCAAAUUGAACUAAGUAAUUGUUUGGUAGCUAUGGCGGAGACCACUGUGGGUAGCGCGUUGAUGUCAAUGACGCAUGGCCAGCCGGCGACUCCGACGACUUUUGGAAAGGAGUUGUGCGUGUUCCUGAGCCGUCUGCAGGUUUGUUGGUUUACUAAAUUUCCUCGCACACACGUGUUUGUAAAAUUUGGUGGCGCAGUGGGGAGCCAUGCGGCGUUAUGUGCUGCCUACCCUGACGUUGAUUGGUUAUCAGCGUGCAAGUCCUUUGUUUCUGGACUCCAGAAUCAUGAGGUUGGAGAGGAAAUAGAGUUUCGAUUGGAUUUAUGUACUACGCAAAUACCUAAUCGGGAAUGGAUAGUGGAAUGUCUACAGUGCUUGGAACGUCAGAACCUUGUGUUAUUGGAUCUAUGUAGAGAUAUGUGGUUGUACAUAAGUCGAAAUAUUCUUAACUUGAAGUUGGUGAAAAAUGAAGUUGGUUCUAGCACAAUGCCGCAUAAAAUAAAUCCCAUUCAUUUUGAAAAUGCCGAAGGUAAUUUGGUUAUUGCCAACGGGUUAAUUCGUACCAUGACGGACAAACUUUUAAUCUCAAGAAUGCAACGUGAUCUUAGUGACUCAACGGUCAUGCGUAAUUUGGGCAUGAUAUUCGGCUACACUACAAUUGCUAUCAAGUCAAUCAUUGUCGGUAUACGUAGAUGUGACUUUAAUACACAUAUAGCCCUACAAGAGCUCAAUAAUCAUCCUGAACUAAUCUCAGAACCCAUACAAUGUAUCCUUCGGAAGUAUCCUAAAGAUAUACAAGACCCCUAUACUCUACUCAAACUUAUUACUAGAGGAAAACCUAAUGACCAUGAUAUUCGACAACACUUGAAUGAACUACUCAAAACAUUACAACCCAUUCUAUCACAACAAGACUUUCAAUUUCUUUCCACAAUCAAUCCACAAACAUACCUAGGACUAUCUCCACAAAUAGCUAACACUGUCAUACAAGAAUUCAAAUUAUUUCUAGCCUAA